AUGAAAGUGACCAUGCUGAUGUGGAAGUCUUCAUUACUGGGAAGCAGGCAGUUGGAGUUGAAACCUGAAAGCAGCUUUGAGGCAAGGAGCUGUAGACUGCUAACAGAGGGCUUUCAGAAACCAAGUGUGUUUUCCGAUUUGGAAUCGCUAGACAAGAAAGCAGUGCUGAAGCAGACAUAUCCUUCCCAGCUGGCUGACCCAGUAAUACGUCCACUUCUGGAAUUUGCCUGGCAUGCGUACUUAGAUGAGAAGAAGAAGGCAUUCAAAGGUAAUAUGUGGGGUUUCUCCUCCAAUGUCAUUUGCUUUGUCAAUGGCCAGCUUCUUGGUGAUGAGAAAGAUUUCCUGAAAUGGGCAGAAGAUGAGUUUGGCUACACAGAUUUUAGACCUAAAGUUCUGUAUGAUGCAAUAGCUGAACAUUUUUAUUCUGAGUAUCUGAAGGGCAUCCAGCACACGUUUGUUUACAUGGACAUCUCCAUUGAUCAGAAACCUAAUGGGAGGUUGUUAUUUGAGCUUUUUACAGAUGUUUGUCCAAAGACUUGCAAGAAUUUUAAGGCACUGUGCACAGGAGAGGCAGGCUUCUCACCUCCAAACCUAUGGCUUUGUUAUAAAGGAACCAUAUUUCACAGACUUGUGAGGAAUACCUGGAUUCAAGGAGGAGACAUUUUAAAAGGUAGAGGAGAUGGUGGAGUAUCCAUUUACGGAGAAACAUUUGAAGAUGAGACCUAUGCUAUCUCCCACUGCAAGAGAGGAAUUCUUGGAAUGGCUAACAAGGGGCGGCAUACUAAUGGAAGCCAGUUCUACAUCACAUUACAGCCAUGUCUUUGGAUGAACACCAAACUUGUAGCUUUUGGGCACCUGGUAGCAGGUACAGAUGUUCUUGAAGAAUUGGAGAAGGUUCCCACAGAUAAUGAGAGACCAGUGGUAGAAUGUAAAAUUGAAGAUUGCGGCAUCUAUUUUGACUAAACAUCAUUGCUCUUUCAGUUUGGCUAAAAGAACAUUCUAUUUAGGUUUCCUGCACAUUAUUUAUUCUCCCCAUAAU